AUGAGGAGGAGCGAUAAGGCUGAGAUUGUGCCACGUCGUCGGAUUUGUUUGAAGGUGCGAGGUGGUUGCGUGCUGCUCAGAAGUCGCCGGAUAAAACUCGAGCUGAGAGUACAGUCCCAAAAUUUUCAAACUGUCGGCGACUCAUGGAAGGGCUGCUCGGAGGACGAACGGCGAUGCUGCUCUUCGUGCGGAAAGUUGCACUACUCGGGGAUGAUGGGUGGUCGCCGGAAAGCGGGUCGCGACUGCUUACGUCUAGGCUGCGGGGAGGGUGGAUCUCGACGAUGGCAGCGCGUGGCCUUGAAGCUCGCGGCUAUGGCUGCUUGGAGGGGUUCGAGUAUGAGGUUUUCUCGACAAGGGCUUGCUCGUGGCUAUGGCAUCUAG